AUGAGCGCGCAACGCACCCCGGCCGCACAUCGCGAUGAGCCUAGGAAGCAGAAUAAAGGUCGACCGUCAAAAUCAGAUCGUGUCGCCAAUAUCCCAGAGGACGCCAUCAACCGAAUCCAAGCGCGGAGAAUGUUGGUAGAGAAUCCCCUUCCCAGAAGUCAAGGCGACGAUUUGGCUGGCUUUUACCAUGACCGUAUAUCAAUGGGGAUGGAGAUGGACGGUCAAUGGGACCCUGAAGACGAUGAAGCGGUCGAUGAGGAAUGGGAUCAGUUCGCUCAAACGGCAAAACUUCCAGAUUUCGCAAAGUCGACGCGACAUGGGUAUUUAUUGACACUGUUCAAAGUAUAUCUGCGACUGUACCAGACAACGCCUAUUGUGCUCCUCUCUCUGUACUAUCAGCUUCGGUACCAGGCAACGUCCAUUAAUGGGACGGGCCAUGGCUGGGUCUUCUGGAAGUCAUUCUGUGAGGACCUGACGGCUCUUAUGGGGCAUCCGGUUUGGGAAGCAAAUACGAAACUCUUGGCCGAAGCCUUAGCUUGGACAGUCAUAUAUCGCCUUGAUGAUCGCCGUCCCUGGGGCGGUAGUCUCGAAAAGCCCUGUCCAGUUCUAGAGUCCGUCUUAGAACAAGUUCGGAUAUGCGGCGAAAACAAUCAACCACUACCAAGCUCUCUUCACGAGAUGCACAAAUCCGCAAGGCAGCGCGCUUCUCAACGUGGCGUGUCACCCAGUAUCUGGUCUGAUCUAUUCAUGAAGAUAGGUGAGAUUGCUCGUGGAGAGCCCGCCGACGAGCCCGACAACAACUUCCGGAUUCUUUUUGGCUACCCGGUUCUGCCAGUCACCCUCGAGGACUUGAGACACCUUAGGGACGCCAUUAAUGCUACGACUUUGGGGCCCGAGUGUGACUACAGUGUCGGCGACGCCUUGGGAGGCUGGAACGCAGAGGCUUCUGGACAGUGUCUACCGGAAAGAAAAAUCUCACGUCGAGAACACGAUUCCAUAUCUCCUCAUGGCGAGGGCAGCCGGGGUACAGUUGGUCCGAGUAAUUCUCAGUUCGAAGAUACUGCCUCUGAGUCCGAACUGAGUACUGUCUCCCGACAACGUUCUGUCCUGAGCUCUCGAUUACGCCCUGGCGGUGACGGCGGUAGUGAAACUGGAGGUACAUUCGAUGACAAUUUCGAGGAGGAGGCUGAGUCCGACAGUACCCCCGCGCUAUGGGCAUCCGCUCGUGACGAAAUUCAUACCUCAGAAGCACUACCUCAACAGCCAUCUACAGCGUCCCCUGGCGAGUCUCUUCAGAACAGUCGAGUACUUUCAGAAAUUUCAGAAUUAAGAAGAGAGAACCGAGAGUUGCGAGAUGGUCAGCAGCGUCUAUACAAGCUGAUGGAGGAAAGCCAAAAGCGACACAACGAAUCCAUGGGAAGCAUCCAGGCGCAACUUCGGGAGUUGAUUGAGGCGAACCAGGCAUCGAACCUUUAG